AACUUCAUUUGAAAUUUUUGGUGCUAUUUUGAAUUGUGCGAAUAAGUUUCGUUUCCAUUUUAUUUCACUUCUUCCCCGGAGUUCAAACAUCAAAGGGAUUCUUCAAAUAAAACAAUGGGCAAUAAAAUUGCAACGUUCACCGAGCAACAGUUGGACGAUUAUCAAGAUUGUACAUUUUUUACGCGUAAAGAAAUAUUAAGAGUUUAUAAACAUUUUCGUGAUUUACGGCCGGAUUUAGUGCCAAAGCGAAUGACUGAAGGUCAAGCAUCCAGUAUUCGACUGUCGCAUCAAGACAUUACCGUUCUUGAGGAACUGCGCGAGAAUCCAUUCAAACAACGGAUAUGCGAAGCAUUUUCACGUGAUGGAAAGGGCAAUUUAACGUUUGAAGAUUUUCUGGAUCUAUUGUCAGUAUUCAGCGAGCAUUGCCCUCGUGAUAUCAAAGUGUUUUAUGCGUUUAAAAUUUACGAUUAUGAUAAGGAUGGAUUCAUUGGACAAUCGGAUUUGAAAUCGGUCAUUGAAGCGUUAACACGAAAUGAAUUGACGCCCGAAGAGCACCAGCAAAUUGCCGACAAAGUUAUCGAGGAGGCGGAUGUUGAUGGCGAUGGAAAGCUGUCUUUUUUGGAAUUUGACCAUGUCGUAACCAGAGCACCAGACUUUUUAAACACAUUCCACAUUCGUCUUUAAUCUUUGAUUUUAUUCUAUUUAUACCCAUACAUUGUGUGUGU